AGAUUCAUCAACAAUAUGGAUCCCAGAAAUGAAACACAUGUUUCACAUUUCCUUCUCAUGGAAGUGACAGAGGAUCCAGAACUGCAGUCCCUCCUUUCCAGCCUGUUCUUGUCCAUGUACCUGGUCACUAUUUUGGGGAACCUGCUCAUCAUCCUGGCUGUCUGUUCUGACUCCCAUCUGCACACCCCCAUGUACUUCUUUGUCUCCAAUCUGUCUGUUAACGACAUCUGUUUAAGCACAACCACGAUCCCAAAGAUGCUGGUGAACAUCCAAACACAGAAUCAGAGCAUCACUUAUGCAGGCUGCCUGACACAGAUCUGCUUUGUCCUGGUGUUUGCAGGUUUGGAAAGUUGUCUUCUUGCCGUAAUGGCCUAUGACCGCUACGUGGCCAUUUGCCACCCCCUGAGGUACACAAUCAUCAUGAACUCUCGCUUCUGUGGACUGCUGAUUCUACUCCCUCUGUUUAUUAUCAUUCUGGAUGCCCUGCUCCACAGUCUGAUGGUGUUGCAACUGUCCUUCUGCACAGACCUGGAGAUUCCCCUCUUCUUCUGUGAAGUUGUUCAGCUCAUCAAGAUUGCAUGUUCUGAUACCCUCACCAAUAACAUCCUGAUAUAUUUUGCAACCAGUGUAUUUGGUGGUAUUCCUGUGUGUGGAAUCAUCUUCUCUUAUACUCGAAUAGUAUCCUCUGUUUUGAAAAUGUCAUCAGCAGGUGGAAAGUAUAAAGCUUUCUCUACCUGUGGGUCUCACCUCUCAGUAGUGUCUUUAUUCUAUGGGACAGGCUUUGGAGUUUACAUUAGUUCUGCUCUCACUAACUCUUCUAGAAGCACUGCAGUGGUUUCAAUGAUGUACACUGUUGUCCCUCAAAUGAUGAACCCUUUCAUCUAUAGCCUGAGGAACAGGGACGUGAAGGGAGCCUUGAGAAAACUCAUCAAUAGGACACCUUCUCUUCAGUGA